GUCGCCACCGCCGGACGUGUGUGCAGCGCCGAGAGCUGAAACGAAAAAACCAAGCCAAGUUAUAAAUACAGACAGAGAUACCGAUACGCAUUCAGUGAAAGUGUGCCGCAGCAAAAGAUACUCUCGUAAUUACGUUUGUAGAUAGAACGAACCCAACGACGAUAUAUAGAUAUAUAAGUUAAAAUGGAGGGCCUGCCACGCGCAUUAAACUACGAGCUGUCGCACGAUCUGCAUUUUGAUCAUUUCGGAGGCGCCGCACAGCAUAUUUUAGAGAACGGCAGGAACGCGGCAGCGGACGCAGAAGCAUCAACGCCCACGAUCAGCACUCUGGAUGCGCUGGCCAAUAGCGAUUUUCUGCAAAAGAUCGGAGCCACCAUCUUCAACUCAAUACAGCUGAAGCAUCACAAGCUGAACGAAGCCGCUGUCCAGAAUUCCAGUGAAAUCACCAUGGACUUCGACUUAGCCGCCAAUCAUGUGGUGCUCGACAGCAGCAGCGUGGAUCAGCUGCAACAGCAGCUGGAGUACGACAAGUUCAUGAACGAGGUGUGGAUCGGCAUUGUCUUCACGCUAAUCUUGAUCUCAAUGGUCUUCUGCAUAUGCUCCUGCUUCCUCUACCAUCAGUUUCGCACCUGGAAACGAAAUUAUCACAACAAUGCGAAUAGCUCAUCGCAGUGCACAAUUAUAGAUAUUGAGGCAUUAAAAUUGCAGCCCGAAGCGGAGGAUCCAGUGCCGGAAUAUACUUUGGUCUCAGGCUUGCCCAGCUAUGAGGCUGCUUUGGAACUGCUGCAUAAAACACCUCAAUCGUCGUGUUUGAUUGUCUAUCCAAGCGUGUUUAAUGUAUUCAAUAAGCAUGAAAGAGCCAACACAGCAACAGCCGAGGUUGAAGCUGCAACAACAGCAGCAGCAACAACGAUAUCGCGGCCACAGACAUUGCCAUUGUGUGAGGCAACAACUCCGCUGCUGCCAACAACCACGACAACAACACAAACAACAGCAGCGGCGACCACACCAACAACAGCAACAUCUACACCCACAUGCGAAAGUAUUAAGCCAAAUUUUGUGCCUAGUUACGCAGAGGUAUUUGGCUUUAUUACUGUCGACGAAAAGAAGAAAUCAAAGACGAAAGACGACUCAGCGAAAGGCCUGGGCGAUAAAUGCUAACAUAUUGCCCUUUAUGGGAUGUCUAACGCCCAGAUCUAGUGUUUAGACCUUAGCGAUACCAACCAAAAUGUGCUCUGUGAUAAUUGUUGCUGUUGUCCGCGAUAUUUUCUGAUAUUAAACGUACUUAGAUUCAACCUAAGCGCUGUGAUUAUAAACAACUCGCAAGAAAUGAUAAGCUACCUGUACUUAUAAUCUACUAUUAACUACGCCGAUAUUCUCGACGAAGAUUUGUUCAAUUUUGAUGCUUUAUUGUUAUUAGUUUAUAAGUAGACAACAAUGU